UUGUUUUGAACUAAAUAAUUUCUAUUGAAAACUGUUUUUUUCAAAUAUUAUUAGGGGAGAUCCUUGAAUUUUCUAGAAGCAGUGCAUUAGAAGUGUAUGUUGGUCACUCUAAUGGUUAUCAAAUGAUUCAUUAUAAAGCCUCUGAAUAGCUGUCACACAAUGAGUUAUUAUACACAAAAUUUACAAAAAUCUUUAGCAUCGGUAUAUCCCUGUUUCUCAGAACUUUUAAAAACUGAUCAUUUUCCUUACAUCAGACUAUGGGCAUCUCUCCACUCUUCAUCCUGACAUUUCCAAAAUUUAGAUCUGGCCCGCAGGCCUCCAGUUGGUCAUCCCUUUUCAACAUAGCCAUCUGUUGAUGUUAGUGUUUGGGUGUAAUAGUCAAAAUAAAUUUCUGCAUUGAAUAUCCUUGGAAUGCUUACCUACACAAUUUGAAAUGUUAAAAGCAAAAGGGUUACAAGGGGUGCUGAAUAUAAUUGCUUCUGUGUUCCAGGACUGCAUGAAAUACUAGCCCAUGCAGCUCUUGCUGUUCUUCCUUAGGUUAUCUAGGUGAUGGUUAUCUAAGGUAUGUGGAUGUUUGAUGUUACAUGCAUAUGGAAAAAUCCAAAUAAAAGAACAAGUAUAUUGGUAAUAUUUCACUGAUGGUAGUUCCCUAUAAAAAGGUAAAGGACCUCAGAUGGUUAAGUCCAGUCAAAGACGACUGGGGUACGGCGCUCAUCUCGCUUCAGGCUGGGGGAGCUGGCGUUUGUCCACAGUCAGCUUUCCGGGUCAUGUGGCCAGCAUGACUAAACCGCUUCUGCCGCAACGGAACACUGAUGAGUGCCAGAGUGCACAGAAAUGCUGUUUACCUUCCCGUUGCAGCAGUACCUAUAUAUCUACUUGCACUAGUGUGUUUUCAAACUGCUAGGUUGGCAGAAGCUGGGACAUGAGCAGAUUCAAACCGCCGACCUUCCAAUCAGCAAGCUCAAGAUGCUCAGUGGUUUAGAUCACAGCACCACCCACGUCCCACAGUUACCCUAUAUGAUCAUGUAAAAUGCAGCAUAAUCCUUUUAUAAUUUACUCAGAGGUAAGCCCCAUUGAGGUAAUUUGACAUAUGACCAAAUAAGGGUGCAUGGGAUCACAGCCUAAUUUCAUAAAUAGCCCAAAUUCCAAGUAUCUCUAGAACCAGGGAAGCUACUGGAUUACUCAGUGCUUGAGGUGUGUUCCUGGCAGACAGACUAGCAGAACAGCAUUCCUCUCUUCUGCCUUCAGUGGUAUUUGCUGUCAUUUCCUAUUACUGCAAAUAUUUGAUCCUGGAUGAGGAGGUAGGUUGGAUUCUUAGUUGCUGGUACCCAAGCACCAUGGUUUAGGGGAUUUAGCUUCCUAAAUCAACACCCAUCUGGAAAUGUCAGAUAGAAAGCUGUGUUGUUUUUCUGCAACAGGCUAACACAGAGAUCAGUUAUAGAAGACAUUGGAAACUUCUCAGUGAAAAGCAUUCCUGACAACCUAAGUUUAAUAAUGGUGCCUUUCUAGUACUCUAGUUGCACCAAUCAGCAAAAAAAUGUUUUUAGCAGAAGAUUAUCAACAUUCCAUAACUGCAAAUAAUUCCAUUGUCUUCCCUGGACCCAGAUGGCACUGUUGUCUAACCACUGAGCUUCUUGGGCUUGCCGAUCAGUGCAAAUAGAUAAAUAGGUACUGCUGCAGUGGGAAGGUAAACGGCGUUUCCAUGCGCUCUGGUUUCUGUCACGGUGUUCCCUUGCACCAGAAGCGGUUUAGUCCUGCUGGCCACAUGACCCGGAAAGCUGUCUGUGGACAAAGGCCGGCUCACCACUGAAAUGCUUUUGGCAGUAGCUACCCACUUUUCUCAAAACCUGUUUUCUAGCAUGGCACAUGAAUCUAUUAUGUGGCAUCUCAAGGAGAUUGAUUAGAUUCCCAGAGUUGUUUACUUAAUGCUAAAUAUACAGUGUAAUAACAAGAUUUCAUUUACUGUACUGAAAAUUCCUUCGCAGCUGUCUGCAAGCUAGGCUUUUUAAAGUUGCCCUACUAAAUUCAUUGGAAGAACACUGGAAUGCAAAUGCUUUUAAGAUUUAUUUACUUGGAUGAAAUGCAGGUGUUUGUUCAACUUUUAUCACAUGCAAGAGAAUUUCAACAGUGUUGGCAUAUAAGGCAUCAAACAUAUCCAUAUUUUAUACAACCAAAAAAGGCUAAUCUCAGCUGUGCUGUAUAAAUUUCUCAAUAGCUGGCAUCCUUUGAUGAAUUCCAAAGUAAUACCUUAAGCAACUGAUAGGGUAGAAUCAUCUCUCACAGUUACAUGUGCAGACAUCUGCUGCAUUUUCUGUACCAGUUAGAGCAGAACAUUAUGUUUUUUGGCAUGAAUUUGUUCAUUUGUUUAACAAAAUCUAUAUACCACCUGAUUGUAAGAAAACCUAAGUGGUUUCUAGCAUUUUAUUAUGCUAAAAAGGAUAAAUAUAAGAAUUUGAUUCUUCACAUAGCAGUCUGGAUUGCUCAUAUUCACUUUUUCAAGGACCAAACAACUUUUUAUUUUCUAGAUUUCUAUCCUGCCUCGUUCCUGAACUUACAAAACAGCUAAAACUAGUAAAAAGGAAAAAGAAAUAAAAAGGAAAUAAAACAAAAAUAUAGAUUAGCCAAGAAGAUUAAGUUGAACAGGACAGAAAGAACCAAAAUAAUAACUAAACUAAAUGCCAUUAAAAUAGGAUAGGCCUUGCCAGGUGCCUAAAAGAUAGUAAGAUGAUUGGCAAACAUUAUUUAGGAGGGAGUUCCAUAAUUUAGGAGGCACCACAGAAAAGGCUGUUUUCUGGUUGUCGCCCACAAACCUUAGACAGUGAAGACGGUCUAAGAACAGCUUCCAAAGAAGGCCUUGUCCUGACAAAAAUGUAGGUUGCUCUGGAAGAAUCACUUAAUCACAUUCUUGUGUAUUGAAAUAAGUAUGAAUACUCUGGCUCAUUUGGUGUGUAGGUUGCAAUCUUAAGCCCUGAAGCUGCAAGCACCUACAUAGGGUGUUAGGCCACACUGAUUUCAUUGAUGAUAAUAAUUUUAUUAUUUAUAUGCUGCCCAUCUGACUGGGUUGCCCCAACCAUUCUGGGUGGCUCCCAAGUAAGUUUUGAAAACGCAAUAAAACAUGAAACAUUAAAAAACUUCCCUAUACAGGGCUGCCUUCAGAUGUCUUCUAAAAGUCAGAUAGUUGUUUACUUCCUUGACAUCUGACGGGAGGGUAUUCCACAGGGCAGGCGCCGCCUGGUUCCCUGUAACUUCACUUCUCAUAGUGAGGGAACCUGGAGACCUGAGGUUCUGCUCCCUUGGUUUAGUUCCUUCAGUUGUUUUUAAUGUGUCUUUAUUUUAUUAUGAUUUAUGUGGAAUACAUUUUAAUUCAUACUCUUCUCUGAGAUCCUUUGGAAUGAAGGGCAGGCUAAAAAUAAUAUAAAUAUACAUACAGUACUUGGCUUUUAAACUGCACCAUUUUAAACAGGACAGUAAAGAAUUAUCGUAAAGCAGAUUAGCUCAGUAUAGUGCUACAAAGCACUUUAAGAAAAUAGGAUUGAUGCACAAAAUUUUAAAAAUCCUCAAUGUACUGUAUAUUAGCUAUACUAAAAGUAUGGUGCCGAUCUAAUUAUGAAGAAGCAAACUGUACAGUGAGCAAACUGUUCAAAAGUUACAAGAAAGCUUGACAGUUGAAUGAUUUUCACAGAAUUCCACUCUGUUUUGUUCGCCAGUGAUGUUGUUUUAUAUCUCAUGAUUCUUAAUAAUAGUUAUAAUCAUCAUUAUUUAUUAUUUAUACCCUGUCCAUCCGGCUGGGUUUCCCCAGCCACUCUGGGUGGCUCCCAACAGAUUUAAAAACAGAAUGAAACAUCAAAUAUUAAAAACUUUCCUAAAUCCUUUUGGCUUUGGUUAAAGGGCAUGACACUUACCUUGCUGUAUUUUGUUUACUUCAGUUAAGAACUUGGAAAGUGGCAGAUAUGUACCAGGAGUAAAGAUGUUCUUUGGCCAUGAAAUUGUCGAUGUGGAAUUAAUUGAUGACUCGGAACAACAUGCUGCAGAAGGAAAGACAGCUCCUACCAGGGAAGCUCCAUCUACCCAAGUGUAUGCAGCGGACAAUGGAGAACCACGGAAGCAGAACACACAGAAUCCUGAUUCUCUUUCUCAGGACACUCAUCAGCUCAACCUGGGUAACUUCAGGUACAACUUUUCAGAUGGUGCACAUCAAAAAGCAAAAUGUUUGUAGUGUAGCAGCAGAGGGUGUCAAUUUGUGUCGCCAUGGAAAACUCUCUUGGCUGCAGAUUGCAACAAAGAGCAAGGUUUUCUUGUUUGACGUUUUCCUUCUGGGAACUCGAGUGUUCAAUAACGGACUCCAAAUGAUACUGGAAGAUCAGAAUAUUUUGAAAGUUAUUCAUGACUGCCGGUGGCUUUCAGAUUGUCUUUCUCACCAGUAUGGAGUUAUGCUCUCCAAUGUCUUUGAUACACAGGUUGCUGAUGUCUUGCAGUUCUCAGGGGAAACAGGUGGCUUCCUUCCUCACCGUAUCAGCUCUCUACAAGAUUGCUUAAUGCGAUAUUUGGGGAUGCCCUACAGAUGCAUCUCUUUCAUGGAACAAAGGCAGCGUGUGAUUGAGGAAAACCCUGAGAUAUGGUUUGUGAGACCCCUUCCACCUGCAUUGCUGAAAGUGUUAGCUCUGGAGGCAGCAUACCUCCUCCCUCUCCGCAUGUUGCUACUCGAUGAAAUCAUGUCUGACUUAACAACUUUGGUGGAUGGAUAUCUAAAUGCCUUUCGGGAAGGAUCUGCAGAUCCAUUGGGGAGCACAGAGAUCUCUUGUAUGGAGCUACCACAAGAGCUUAGACAACUGGCAGAUUUUUAUAAGGAGCGAAGAAAAAGGGCAAUGCAGAACUUCCAGCUGAAUGAGGAAGGUCUCCUCGUCAGAAAGCAAACGGAAACUAUGGGAAGAAAGGUAGCAAAGGCGAAAGAAAACCAGAGCGAUAGUACUGGCUUAAUUCUUUCUAGUAGGGCAGUAUCCCCUAAAACUGCCAGUCCUGUCCAUCUCUUGGGUCAAGAUGAUCAGGACAAUUCUGAAAAAGAAGACUGGCAGGCACAUCAUUGUAAUAAUCAAUGGGCAACAGUUGGUGCGAGUAAUGUUGAAUCUGAAGUAGAAGCAAGACGCCCUGUUUGCUGUAAAGCAGUAUUGGGAGCAUCUGAGGUGAAAGGGAGAAACCCGUCUCCAGUGUUCAAACCACAAAGAAAGGUAGAUUUGACUUUAGAAGAGGAAAUAAAGGAAUUGUUGACAGAAUGCAAGAAUGAAGACAACAAAUCUGCUGUUUCUGCCCUUCCACCUCCAAAAGCAAACAAUUCUAGGAUCCCAUUUCAAGAUGUAAAGCAAUCUAGCCAAACCCUGUCUAAUCCUGCCAUGAGUAGAAAUCCCUUUUCUCAAACAACUCGUGAUUACUGUCUCUAGGUUCCCACAAGACAGAAGAAUGGGGGGAAGUGAUUUGGUGGUUCACUUUGUCUUGCCUUCAGAUUUCAAUUGUCAGCUGCCAGCCCCAAGCCCUGGAGGCAAGGAGCAGAAAUUGUUUCCUUUUCACAUUCUUUAUUGGCAACCAACCAUAUUGGAAGACUUCCACUAAUGGAGCAAAUUCUGGAGGUGGCUGGACACAAUACCCUUCAUGUUGUAUGGGAGUUUCCUACUCCUAUAAACACAAUCAAUGUUGCUGGUGUUAAUUCUACCACUGUAGUCUUGAGUCCAGUAUUUUUUUUCCAGAUUAUUCCAAAGAACCAUUGAUUUUCAUUAUAUUUGAAUGUUCCAGUUAUCCAACUAAACCUGAAGUUAAUGUAUGUGCUUCCUGUAUUGUUAACUUCAUGACAAGGGGGGAAGGAGUCCCCAACCCUAGAAACACAAAUUAUCUGCAGAAUCAUUAGCUGUUCCCCACUGCUCCCCAAUACAGCAUUUGCAGCAAUAUCUUUGGAACAGGUUUUCCAUUCUGGAUCACAAAAUUCUCCCUAGAGCAAUAUAGGUUAUUUAUUGCGCCAAGUACCCAUAGCUCAAUCCUAACCAUGUUUACUCCGAAGUGCAAUUAUCAGUUGGACAUGUGAUGCAGUACUGAAUAACUCUGUUUUAUGUUUCAAAAGGUAGACUUCCUUUUUGUGAGGAAAACAAUUACAUGGUAAAAGGCCUUUAGUUGAGCAGCAUUACAGCGGCAGAACUGUAAGGACAGGAUCCUAAGCAUGCUUAUUUGAAAAUAAGUAUGAGUUGUUCAUUUUCAAAAUAGAAGGGCAAAGUUGUAUAUUCUUUGUUAGAAUUUGAACAGAUGUUUCUUAAAAUGCAAGUGUGUACGUUUCAGAUAUAAACCUAAUAUGCUGGGGUUUUUUGGUAGAUGGUUUUUCCAAGAAAACUCUUCACAAGGCAGUUGGAAUGUUUUUCUCUAAAAUAAAAGUCACGAUUCUUCUUUGUGGUCUUUUUGCAUUCACGUAUAUAGAUCCUGUACCUGCACAGAACAUCAUCUUUUAGAGCUUCAAAAUGGAAUCCAGCAGUCAUCCUUCAAACAGGUGGCCCCUGCACUGUAUACAGGCCUUGAGGAAUGGGCAAACAACUUACCACCACCCCAUUCACUUUCAUGCACUGCAGAAUUAAUGUUUCUGAGCUUUUGGGAGUUUCCUCAACAUUUUUUAUUCUAAUUUGCUGGACGUACCUGUUAAGUUAUAUAUACUAAGUUUUUUCCCCUCGCCCGAUGGAUUUGGACACUGCAGCCUAGAUUCCCCUUUUAGCUGCCUGAAAAUACAAUUCCUCAGAUAUAAGUAGAAUAACAACUUAAAAGGAGCCCUACUGCAUCAGACCAAUUUAGUCUACCAUCUAUUUAGUCUACCAUCCUAUUUUUCCACAUACUUACUGGUCUAUUUCUCCACUGUUGCGAGCAAAAGGCUUCUUCCAUUCACGGGUGGCUGGUGUCUACUAGACUUGGUGGGGCGAUUAAGAAGUCAAAGGUGCAUGGCCAAGUUCUCCCCCCUCCAUUAUACUGUGGACACUUUAGGAAUUGCUGUUCUAUAGAUAGCACCUAUGGUAAAUUGAAAAAAUAGCCUAGUUUUAAGAAGGGUUUCCUGCUCUCCCAAACACUUAGGGGAGGGAAACUUCUGUGGUCUCCACCUGUUCCAAAUAAACACUGGACACUUGAACACUGCAAUUGUAUUAAUACUUGUCACCUGAGUGUCUUAUUAUGGCUCAGAAGGGGUGGAUUCAUGCAACAAAGACUAGAUUACUCGGAACUAAGCCCCACUGAAUUCCAUGUGGAUCACUCCCUGGGAAGUAGGAACAGGAUUGCAGCCUGGUUAGUCUUAAAAGGUGUCACACAGGACUGUUAACAAGGAAAGAAAAGGAUUCCACAACUUUCCAGACCUGAGAAAAGAUUAUGGCCCUGGCUCACAGUGUAUUCAUUUCUAAAUCUUUCCCCCGAGAAUGCUGAAUAAAGUGCAGAUAUAUUACAUGGACUAGUCACUAGGACGUGUGUUAAAAUCGCCACUCAGCCAUAAA